UUUUAUUAAACUUACAAAUUGAAAAUGAAUAAAUAUAACAAAAAGUUAAGAUAGACGUAGGUUUUUUUUGUAUAGUAGUUAAUACCUACUGUAUUUUGUAUAAUAACAAAUGAUAAGUAAAAGAAUGUAAAUUAGAAUAAAUUGGUAUGGAUCGAGUAGUCAGUAGUACAGUAGUUAUUGUUGGAGCAGGUGCAGCAGGGAUUGCAGCUGCUAGUAAACUUCUAAAAAAUGGCAUUAAAAACAUCGUCAUUUUGGAAGCCGAAAACCGAUUAGGCGGUCGCCUUCACACAGUGCCUUUUGGUGUCAGUACACUGACUGGACUUAUUUAUAUUUUAGAUGGGCAUAUUGAUAUUGGAGCGCAGUGGAUCCACGGAGAAGAAGGAAAUAUAGUUUUUCAAAUGGCAGCAGCUAAAAAUUUGGUAUCGGAUCGCAGGGAAACCAUUAAACAGUUUCAGAAUUCUAUGUUCGUAUCUUCUUCGAGUCAUGUUAUACCUCUUAAUCUAUCGAGGGAAUAUUUAAAGAUAGCAUACACAAUACUUGAUGAUAGUCCCAAAGAUGAUUUAGAACGAUUUAUGUCGUUAGGAGAGCUCUUUCAAAAAAGAAUGGAAAAUGUUCCAAUAAACACCGAAGAAUUGCCACUUAAGCAGCUAGUCAAUUGGUGUCAUCAUUAUCAAAAUUCAUAUAAUGGAAGUGAUAGUUUGUAUGAAGCUUCAGCCAUUAAUAUAGAUACUUACAAAAGUUGUGCUGGGUAUCCAGCAAUUAGUUGGAAAUCAAAAGGAUUCUCUACUAUUAUUGAUCUUUUAUUGGAUAAAUACAACAAUGAGUCAGAACACUUAUGUAUUAAGGAUAAGGUUAUAUUUGGAAAAGAAGUAGUAAAAAUAUAUUGGUCUGGUAAUCGAGUAGAUAUUAUUUGUGCUGACAAUAGCCGUUAUCAAGCUGACUUUGCUCUAUUGACAGUUAGUCUUGGUGUGUUGAAAAAUGUGUGUAACGAAUUAUUUGAACCUGAACUUCCACAAUAUAAAUUGAAAGCAAUAAAAGAUUUGGGAAUUGGAACUGUAGAUAAAUUAUUUUUAAAAUUUCCGCAUAAAUGGUGGCCUGAUGAUAUCCCUGGCUUUAGUUUUUUGUGGUCUGAUGAAGACCGUGAACGUUUCAUAAAAGAAAAUAAGAGACGUGGGUGGGAUUAUUUAUGCGAUGUAUUUGGUUUUUACACUUGUGAUAACUGUCCGAAUACGUUAUUGGGUUGGAUAGUUGGUCCAGCAGCCAGAAAUAUGGAACGUAAAUCAAUAGACGAAAUAAAAAUUGGAUUAGUGUACUUGUUAAACAAGUUUUUGGCGGAUAAGUUUACUAUUCCUAUUCCUGAUUUAGUUACCAGAUCACAGUGGGGAACAAAUACUCAUUUUUAUGGCUCAUAUUCGUUCCAUUCAAUGAAUACAGACAAAGAAGGCAAAGCUAAUAGUCUACUUGCAGAACCAUUGGUCAAUUCGGACGGAAAAAAUAUUCUAUGUUUUGGCGGAGAAGCUACACACAAUGAUUAUUUCUCAACAGUUCAUGGAGCUAUUGAAACAGGAUGGCGAGAAGCAGAUAGGAUUUUGGAACAAUUAAAAGAUACUGAAAAAAAAAAAUGUUUUUUAUGAUCAACUUUUAUGUACAAAAAUUACUUGUUACUGUUUUUCAUAUUUUUUAUAGAUGAUACAAUAAUUAUUGUACAUAAUGUGAUUAAUUUUGAAUCAAAACAUGGUUCAUGAAUGACACAUUGUUAUAUUUAAUAAAAAAUAUAAGUAUAUAACUUACAA